CAUGGCUGCGAUUUAUCAAGCAGUGUACAGAAGAGCUUCCUCUCUCUUCUGCAGGUUUCAUUCUACCUACGUUAAAAAAAUGAGGUAGCACCUUUGCUGGAAGCUACAGGCCACCAAAGAGUAGAUCCAGCUGUCAAACACCCUAGAAGCUUGCAGAAGACAAAAUCCAUACCGUCUGCUCUGCCUGAAGUAAAUGCGUCCAAAUAAGUGCAGCACAGGUAAUCUCAGCACGAUCUUGAAUUCAUCUUCCCCAUUCUUUUCUCACUGCAGAUACUUAAAUGAGCUAAAGGAAGAUGAUGGCUUUUGUAGACAAGCCCAGACCUCAGGAACUUUCUACCUCUUUCACAAUCUCUCACCCUUCUUGCAGAAGGUUGGGAAGAAAUAUUUGCUACCACAGCUCAGUGCGGCAGAGAUGAAAAGGAUCCUCGAGAAAUUGAAAGAGACUGAACAGUGGAUAGAAAAAUCAGUGCUGAUCGGCUGUUCAGACGAGCAUGUACCACACUUUGCCCUGGAUUUAGGAGCCUUGGAAAAAUCAGUCAUUGAGUCUGAACUUCAGGGAUCGUUCACUGACUUACGAAAGGCUCUCUUUGUAGUGGAUGUGAAGGAUUCUCCUUUGCUGGCCUCGGCCCAGGCCCUUCUCCGGUGGCACGAGUCCCACCAGUACUGUAGCAAAACUGGGCAGCCCACUCAGAAAAACAUAGCUGGCAGCAAGCGAGUCUGCCAUGCCAGUGGAAUAACUUACUAUCCACAGAUGUCUCCAGUGGUUAUCACCCUGGUGUCUGAUGGCAGCCGGUGCCUCCUUACACGACAGCCCUCGUUCCCUCAGGGGAUGUACACCGCUCUGUCAGGCUUCUGUGACCUGGGUGAAAGUGUGGAGGAGGCACUGCGGCGGGAGGUGGCCGAAGAGGUGGGCCUGGAGGUGCAGUCCUUCCGCUACUCGGCCUCCCAGCACUGGCCCUUUCCCAGCAGCUGCUUAAUGAUAGCCUGUCAUGCGUUGGUGGGGGGAAAGCAGACUGAGAUCAGUAUGAACAGCCUGGAACUGGAAGAAGCCCGUUGGUUUGGCCUGGAGGAAGUCUUGGAGGGGCUCAAGAGAGAUCACACAUCUUCAAAGCAAGACGACGGUAGUUUUUUACCCUGGUUUCCUCCCAAGCAGGCCAUUGCUCACAAGCUGAUCAACGAGUGGGUUAAACAGCAGACCUCCCGGCCGACCUAGGUGUAAAGACUUCAUCAAGUCUGUGACUCUGCCAGAAUUAUAAAAGCUUUAUGUAAAAGCUUCCAAAGCUACUGAAGACAGUGUCUUACGGUGGGGGUAGCACCAGACUGAUGGCAGUCUUACACUUGGAUACACAGACGUACAAAGCCAUUUCUAAACUGGUCGUCUCCGGGCAACUCCUUGUACGCUGGACCUUGGAGAUCCCAUGACUUGCAGUAAAUAUGCAAUAAAAUUCUCAGUCCCAAAGCACAAAACUUAGUGUCAUCUGCUGCAGGUGUUGCCCAGCAAUCAGGAGAACAGUAAGCCCCUGGCAGUUACGUCCCCUUUUCCUCCAGUUUAUCCAUCUGGAACUCUUGGGUGGAUAGUUGAACCCACAAUUUUCCUAUAUUAAGGGAGAGUGGCCUUUCAGUGUUCACAUGUAUAUGGAAUGACAAUCAAAAAAAACAAUAGAAAAGCCACUGCCUCAACGCUCUCCCUUUCUUCUGUUCCCCUUCCCAUCAAUUCUUCCAGUUUUGUAUAAAACAUGUUAAUUUUUUGCAAAUGUUAAGCAGACUCCUACUUUGAUGGUUUGUCUGAGCAACUAAAAAUACUUGUGGAGACACCAUUUUCCCUACCAGUAAGGCACAGCGUGAUACUUCCAUCCUGAGGAAGAGAGAACAGAGCUACCUGGUGGUAGAGAGUGGAAGAGCAAAUCAACCUACGAGCACGUUAGAACCCAAAUAACGCUGAGAGGAACUGCUGCAAGGAAGACUGCACUUCCAACAGAAACAAAAUCCCGAAAGGCCAAGUGCCUCUUAUCCUGUGCCAAAAAUCUGGGGCUUGCCUGGAGAACUGCUCUUGUUUUACUAAUAAAGAAGUAUCGCUUCUCUGAAGGGAGAGAGAGUGACAAAGAGAGAGCCUGGGAAAGGAAAGCCUAGUAAAAGAGGCAGAUGGAGGGAUCUGCUGCUGUUUCAGGCUGACAGUCCUUCCUGCUCGCUUGGCCACUGCUCAAAUGCCAAGACUGCAAAGCCAUCGGUACAAAUACUUGAAGGGGAAACAGGGCUGUAUCGCUGUCUGCCGGCACUAGGAUCUAUUGCAGGUCAAGGACUUUCUUGAGCAUUGUAAAAAAUUUGGAGUCCUGACAUCUGAACAAUAAGUAAAAAGACUGUCUCACACAGUUCAGACACGUUUCGUUUCCUCAGGUUAAUCUUACUUCAGGAGGUUGGGAGGGGCUUCUCUCAGGCCAUGGUGGCACGUGCAAACAGCUUUUCCACCCCUACUAACUCUCAGCAAUAGAAGACCCGUGUCAGAGCAUGUUUUUCACGUUUGGCAGAUUUGGCAUUCAUCCCAGUGGGAGUGUAGUCUGGUACACAAAGGCACUGCUUAUGCCUCCCCUCCAACCCAACCAGACACUCCACACACACCCCCACACCUCUGAACUUAACUGCAGCUCUCCUGCCUCCAGUUUCCUUUGAAAUUUAUCUCGCCUCCUCUCUUUGUGGUAGUUCCUCCUGCUUUCUCUUCCAUCUCACCAGUUUAACCCCCCAUCAUUUCUCUCUUCCUCUGUCAUCUCUGGAAUGUGCCAUUUGCGUUUUCAGCCUCACUCCUUUCUUCCCCUUGUCUGCAGUGAAAAUAUUGAAGAGUUAGAUACGAGCCAGCAGGAUAUUCCAGCUUCUCAUGCCCCUUCCUAGUUCUUCUUACUGGCCUCCCAACUCCCUCUAUGCAUUCAAUAAUGUGGCCCAGGCUUGCUUCCAGCUUACAACAAACAUGUUGAUGAUGUGCUCAGUACUUUUUGAAUAUCCUGUGAUCUGCUCUCUGUGGCAGAAAGAGGACUGAAAAGUAAAAGCGUCAAAAAGUAGUACACGUGAGAGAGAGGAGGAAUGCCUGUAUGAAUUCUGCAGCAAUCUGAACUUGGUGAGUAUGCGGCUGUUUUUCUAAUUUACAGUAUGUAUUUGUAGAUUUGAGGCUGCCAGAUACCCACACGCUUGAGUAGAGCUCUAAGAGUUGCAGCUCUACUCAUAUUCUGACUAUACCAGGCUUUUUCUGAUUUCAUCAACCUCUUUUGUUCCUGUUAGAGGAAAAGCAUUUACUUCUGACUCACCUUUUAAAAUUCAUCUUUAAAUGUCUGUAUGUUCCUUUAGAUUUUCAAUAAAUCACUUCAGUCAAUAAAUCUUUUCAAUCUACUUUUAUACAUUUUUGUAGAGCAAGCACAACUCCAAAGCAACAUUCCUACCAUACCAUUUAAAGGGCCUUAUGUUUUAAUCUGCUUUUAAAAAAAAAUCUUUAACCCAUAUCCUUUUGACUUAGGCAUGAAACAAUCAAUGGUGGCUUCUAUUCCUGAUGUUAAGAAAGCA